UGACACACUUAUACAACAAAUCUGAGAGCCUGGUAAAUACUAGCCAAAUGUACAAAAAAAGUACUCACAAGUACUCGCACGAGAAAUAAAUUAUUAUUUAGUGAACACGAGAAUGAGAGUAUUUAGCAGCUGUGACAUAACGACGAAACUAAUGAAAUGAAAUAGAAAGAGUAGCAAAUAAAUAAAACAAGAGGAUGACAUAAAAUAAAGAAAGAAAAUAAUAAUACCACUAAUAAUAGCAGGAAGUGAAAGCAAUUUUGUUUCAGAAUGCUUUUUCGUUUUUUGUUUUGCUUGUGUCAGAUGGAGAGGUUAAAUGAUUCGUAUGAAAUUGGUAUGAGUUCGAUGGGAGUUAAACGACAAUUGACAGUAUGUGUGUGUGUGAGUGUUUGAGUUUAUUUUUUGUUGUAUGGCGACAUGGGAUUUACGAAGAAUCAAAGGACAAAAUAAACGAAACCCAGCGAACAUGAAAACCUUUGAUUUUUUUGUUGCUUACAAAAACUGUAAGAAAAAACAUGGAAAUGAAAAACACGAGACUUGUAUGCCUUGAAUUUAUGUGUAAGUUUAGUAUAGAGUUUAAUACCAAAAAAUCCUAUAAUAGCGAAAAGAAAAAGAACUUACAAGUCGAAAAACAGUGGUUUCUUACUCGCAGUUUUCGCAAUUGCUAUCGUAUCGUGUACACACCUUCCUCUACUGUUUGAAGGACUACUACCCUCUGAUUUCUGUUUCUGUAUGACUGUGUGUUAGUUAAAGUCUAUACAAAAACGAUUCUGUCGUGAGAGCUGGUGUGUGUGUAUGUGUGUUAAAGUCACAACACACGAGACUAUUACUAUACAGGAACUACAACAAUAACAAUGCCGAUAAAAUAACAAAAACAAUAACAACUACGGAAACAUGUAGUGGAAAAAUGUGAACACAGGACAACACACCGAAAAACAGAAUAGAAAGCUAAAAACCGAAAAAAGAAUUGUAUUUUUUCUGCAGAUUGUUGGUUAUUUCGAGUUAAGUAAAGUUAGCAAAUUUUAUUUGUUGUUUGCCAAACGAAGAGAAUUAGUGAAUAAUUUAAGCGGAACUAAAAAUAAUAUAAAUAAUGGAAUUGAAUAAUUAAUAAACUAUUUUAAACUAAAAAUCACGUAAAUUCUCUAAUAAAAUGUAAAUGGAAAAACAACAAACUCAAAUACGAAAACGAAAUAAAAUUAUAAAUUAAGGAGAAAAAUAAUAUCAUACGAGUGUGGAAAUAAAUGCAAAUCUGCACAGAAAUCAUUUAUAUUUUAUCAAAAAAAUUUCUACUUCAAUUCCUAGGCAAAGUGAGAAAAUAUGUGUUAAAUCAGUGUUAAAAAUGAAAUGAAGUUAUAAAAUUUGAAAUGCAGCAGCCGUUGCAGUAUAUGUCUAGUAUUUUAUUCAAUCCUGCAGCUGAUGUUUAAAUUAAUUAAAACUGUGUCGUAACUGUUGCUUUAUUUAAAACUAAAGUUAUAGAAAUAUUUACUGAUACGAAAAAAAUCAGUGAAACUUUAAAUGUUAUAAAUUUGAUUAAAUAAAUUAUAAUGCUGUGAUACAAAAGUGGCUUAAAAUUAUAGAAAAAAAAAAAACAACGGAAUUAAACUAUUUUAAUAAUUGCUCAAAUCAAUGCAACAUAUAUUUUUGUUUAAAAAAAUUAAUAUCAAACACCCUCCCCAUGGUUUCACCUAAAUAAACUCAAAAUGCAACUAAUUGAAUACAAAUCUAAAGCAAAUUAUAAAACAACAUUUAAGCUUUUACAAAUACAUUUUUAAAUUAAACUGAAUGUUAAUAAAAAACAAACCACAAUAUAUCAAAAAAAUUAUAUUUAAAAAUCAAAGUGAAAGUAAUUUGUGAUUUUGUAACAAACAAGCAUAUUAAAAAAAAAUAUUAAACUAAAUUUAAUCAAUACAAAAAUAAAAUAUUUUAAACCAACGCUCAAAUAUAAAUGUCUUCAAACUAAGCUUUAAGCUUUCACAUUGUCCUCUGCACAAAAUUAGCCGAAAAAUUUCGAAAUAUUCAGAGGAAACAAACAGCCUUAAAUUUUUAAAACACACCAAUUUUUGUAAUAAACAAAUACAAUUAAAUUAGAAAUUUAUAAUUAAAAAGCCAUAUCAUAAGUUGCUUUUUUCCAAUUCUGAAUUAUCUACACAAAGAAUAAUAAAAAUAAUAUUUGAAAAUGGCGGGUUCUCAUGAUUCAGGUUCGUGUGAUUGCUGUGGCACCUCAAGUGAUCGCAGCAAUGCGAACUCAGAACGAAGACAAUUGCAAAACAAUAACCAACCAAGACCACAGCAGCUGCAGCAGCAACAACAAAGACCCGUAUUACCACCUUUACCCAUACAACCAAUAACGCCAGCACCACCACAUGCUGUGGCUGCACCUGCUCCACCACCACAACAACCACCGCCUCCGCAAGUACGUGAAACCCCUAGAUUACCACCAGAUCUACAAAAUAAUAAUGCAAACAACAACAAUAACAAUAAUAAUGGCAAUAAUUUAACAACUCAUCACAAUGUCGCCCAUUAUGUGAAUCAAGUCAACUUGCACUUGAAUUUAACCAACAAUAAUCAUCAACAACAUCAGCAGCUACAACAACAAGCACAACCACCUCAAUUAGCACGCGACUAUGUCUACAAUAACAACAACAACCACAUUUAUGUUAAUCCACACUCGUAUGAUACAAACACUGCCGCUAGUCUUACCACAACAGCCUCGCAUACUGCCACUGGAUCAACUGCAGCAGCAGUAUCCCUCAACACCACAUCGACGGCAGCUGCAUUAGGAGCAGCAGCCACCGCUUCUUUGCCACCACCGAGUGGUGAUCAUGAAAAUAACAAUGGAACCGGGGCCGGCGGGGGUGAUCUUACACGCCAGCACACUUCAACAACUUUAAGUACAUUAAAUACAUAUCUCUUUCCAUGCGGAGCCGAUUCUGCCGGCACCAUUGGAGGCAUCACAUUCAACGGCAGUCAUUCAUGUGAUUUAGAUUCAAACUUUAGCCGCAUGGUGGCCGGCAGUGAGGGCGGCAGCUCUACCAUUAGUUCUGGCUUGGGUUUCAUUAACAAGAGACGCAUCAAACGUUUGUUUGGGGUCGGUAAUGGGGGACCCUACACUUCGGCUCUUCGUCGUCGCAGUUCCCAUUUGAUACAAUUUCAAACAGCUGCUUUGGCUGCUAAAAAACAGCAACAGAUGGAACGAGAAGCUACGGUGGCUUCGGCAAAUGCAGCCUUUUACGAACAACAGAAGAAGAAAAAGGAGAAAAAGAAAACUCCUGGCCCGCCACCCCAAGUUCGAGCCCAAGCCACUCGUCAAAUGGAUGAUCCCAUGAUGAAUCGCCCUCGCCGUAAUACGCCCAAAUCCAAAGACAAAGAUGAUCCUCUACAGCAACAAUUGCAGAAUCCCUACGAGCAGAAGGAAAACUUAUAUGAGAAGUAUUUUUGUUUAUAUGGAAUACAAAUUAUUUUACAAUAAUCAACUGCAAUUUUAAUUGAAAAAC